UUUGUAAUACAUUUAUCUGUGUGGGCCAGCCUUGGCUCAUGGGAGUGUCUUGUGAUCAUAAGCAUAAACCGGACCAGACACUCUGUUUAAGCUGUCACUGUGAUGCAUGCCACAGUGCUGCCUGAAGUGGCUGUUGUCUUUUAUCACCAAGAAGGCAAGCAAAUGGAACAAACUUUCCCAGAAACGAUCCAAAACUGCUGCAAACUGCUGUGUUCUCUCCAAAUCAAUCUCUGCUGAGUACCAGAAGUGGUCACAGUGUUGUGCUAUAUAACGCCAAAGCUUGGAACUAUCAUGAACAUCAGAGCUUGUGCAAGAAGGGACUACAGUGUCAUCUUCCUUAUUCUGGCCUUGGCUGUCCUUAUUUUUGUGCUAUGGUACAUUGAAGUUCUAGAGUGGUCUGACAUGGGCAAGGUUCAUGGCUGGAUUGGGACAAAAUAUUGGCCCUUGCGUUUUGGCUCAAACCAGCCCAAGACAACCAAUCACCCAAAAUUUCAGCAAGUGAACUCCACUACCAUUGUCCCAAGUGUUUCCACUAACCCUGACAUGCAUCAGCGCUUCUGCAUCGUCCAGCCACUGUCCGCUGAAGAUGCUCUGGAGGAACGCCUCCUGCUAGACUCCAUUGCUUGGCCUAAUAUUCCACGUUUGCCUGUUAAUUUUGCCCUGAACCAGACCAGUGAUCCAGCUCACAGCACCUUCACCAUUCUCCCAAGGAGGGGAGGAGGACAGUGGCAUGUAGGGGAUCAGCUGGAGGUCAUGAUAACAGUUUCUGACUUCCAGGGCCGUCCCAAGCAGUUUGGGGGGGACUUUUUACUCGCCAGACUGCACAACAUGGAGCUUGGUGCAGGUGUGGCUGGACAAGUGGUGGAUCAUCUCAAUGGGAGCUACUCUGCUGUGUUCCCUUUACUCUGGGAAGGAGAAGCGUAUGUUCAGGUGACGCUGGUUCACCCUAGUGAGGCUAUCCCGGUGCUGAGCAGGCUGAACAGCAAAUAUCCAGACAGGGUUUACUUCCUGAGCAUCUUCCGCUCAGGCUCACUCUCUGAAACUACCAUCUGUAACUUCUGUCUACGUCAAACCAAGCAGCCGAUGUGCGACUACACUGACCUCCGUACAGGACAGCCUUGGUUCUGCUACAAGCCAAAGAAUCUGAGCUGCGAUGCCAGGAUCAUCCACUACAGUAAAGGCCACAGAUCACUGAUCACAUCCAACGAGAGGAGGCUCUUCAUAGGUCGUGUCAACUUAAAAGUCAACAUUCGGGCUUCAGGACCUGCCAACGUCACUGUGUUGCCAAAAGAAGAAGGUCAACCAAAGUUAAAGAGUAGCAGUGUGACAUCUGGACCCUCUGGCUAUUACUACCAGGGUGCUUGGCAAGCACUAAGUGGAGCCCAAAUUCAGCAAUUCAACACCUCUGCCAUCACUCAGUGUCUGAAAGGCAAGGUGGUCCACGUGCAAGGAGACUCCACCAUGAGGCAGUUGUUUGAUUUCAUUGUAGCAGCAGUACCAGAUCUUCAGGAGUUUGUCCUGCCCAGAAUGUCAAAAUUUGAAUCUUCCAAGGCCUUUGACUUUGCAAACAACAUCUUGGUGAUGUAUCACUUCCACGGCCCUCCGCUAAUCAGUCACGCCUUGAUGCCACCUACCGAGCUACAUUACAUUGCCAAUGAAAUAGAUGGCUUAAUUGGAGGCACCAACACUGUCGUAAUUUUUGGCAUCUGGGCUCACAUUGCCCCUUUCACCAUAGAGAUCUACAUCCGGCGGCUACAGGGCAUCCGCAGGGCAGUGGUGCAGCUGCUCGAGAGGGCUCCGGAAACAGUGGUUAUCAUACGGGCAGGAAACCCCAGAGAGAUGUCAAAUUAUUUUUCACAAAUCUUCAGUGACUGGUACUCACUGCAGCGUUAUAAAGUGCUCAGAGCCAUGUUCAAAGGACUCAAUGUUCAUCUAAUCGACAGCUGGGAGAUGGUCCUGGCUCACCACUUGCCGCACAACGUCCAUCCACCACGUCCGAUUAUUGAAAAUAUGGCUAAUGUUAUCUUAUCCUACACAUGCCCUCCAAAGGGAAGCUAGAUGUGUGUGUGCAGGGGGAAAAUGCACAGAAAAGAGCAGAAAAAAUUAGAUGUAGGGUUUCCUUUUUUGUGUGUUUAAACCAGAAACACACAAUGAAAGUACAAAUAAAAUAGGAUUGGCCCAUGGUGUGGAGUGUGCUGGGCUUUUUGUGUUUUUGGUGAACAUUGAUUGAAGUCAGAAAGAAAAGCAGAGCUAUUUAACCAACUACAGACAUCAAAUCCUGUACAAGUUCAAAUAUUUAUUUUAGUGCUGUCAAGCAAUUAAAAAAAUGUAUCUAAUUUAUUACAUACUCUGUGAUUAAUAAAUCUAAAUUAAACACA